GGCUCAUAGGACCAGUUCGGGAAACUGUGUCCCCAGGACUAAUGUAGGGUCACGGCCCGGGACUCAGCGUCUGGGUGUCUGGCGUGACUGGGCUUCGAACUUCCCAUUGCUCAGAUAACUUCACAGACGCCUGACUGCGUUGGUGUGAGAACAGUAGUCCCAGUGGCAGGCGGUUCCGGAGACAUGGAGGCGUCCCUGCAGACAGAGAUGGUAGAGCUGGUGCCCAACGGCAAACACCUGGAGGGGCUUCUUCCAGUGGGCAUGCCUAUGGCAGACAGCCAGAGGGUCGAGGACCCCCGACACUGCGUGGAGGGCAGGGGCUUCCUACAGAAAAGCUCCAGCAAGGAGCCACACUUUACCGACUUCGAGGGGAAAACAUCCUUCGGCAUGUCAGUGUUCAACCUCAGCAACGCCAUCAUGGGCAGUGGCAUCCUGGGACUGGCCUAUGCCAUGGCCAACACUGGCAUCAUCCUUUUCCUGUUCCUACUGACGGCUGUGGCCCUGCUCUCUAGCUACUCCAUCCACUUACUCCUCAAGUCCUCAGGGAUAGUGGGCAUCCGUGCCUAUGAGCAGUUGGGUUACCGUGCCUUUGGGACCCCAGGAAAGCUCGCCGCGGCCCUGGCCAUCACCCUGCAGAACAUUGGAGCCAUGUCCAGCUACCUGUACAUCAUCAAGUCUGAGCUGCCUCUUGUCAUACAGACCUUCCUGAAUCUGGAGGAGAAGACCUCGGACUGGUACAUGAAUGGCAACUACCUGGUGAUCCUGGUGUCUGUCACCGUCAUUCUGCCCCUGGCACUGAUGCGGCAGCUUGGCUACCUAGGCUACUCCAGUGGCUUCUCUCUUAGUUGUAUGGUGUUCUUCCUAAUUGCAGUCAUUUACAAGAAAUUCCAAGUGCCCUGCCCGCUGCCAACCAACUUGGUCAACGUCACGGGCAACUUUAGCCACGUGGAGAUGGAGGACAAGGCACAGCUGCAGGGAGAAACUGAGGCUGCAGCCCUCUGUAGCCCAAACUAUUUCACACUCAACUCGCAGACAGCGUACACCAUCCCCAUCAUGGCCUUCGCCUUCGUCUGCCACCCAGAGGUGCUGCCCAUCUAUACAGAGCUCAAGGACCCCUCCAAGAGGAAGAUGCAGCACAUCUCCAACCUGUCCAUCGCUGUCAUGUACGUGAUGUACUUCCUGGCUGCCCUCUUCGGCUACCUCACUUUCUACGACAGGGUAGAGUCGGAGUUGCUGCACACCUACAGCAGGGUGGACCCGUUUGACGUGCUCAUCUUGUGCGUGCGCGUGGCCGUGCUGACAGCCGUCACCCUCACGGUCCCAAUCGUUCUGUUCCCGGUGCGCCGCGCCAUCCAGCAGAUACUCUUCCAGAACCAGGAGUUCAAUUGGCUGCGGCACGUCAUCAUCGCCAUUGGACUGCUCACUGGCAUCAACCUACUGGUUAUUUUUGCCCCCAACAUUUUGGGCAUCUUUGGGAUCAUUGGUGCCACGUCCGCCCCAUGCCUCAUCUUCAUCUUCCCUGCCAUCUUCUACUUUCGAAUCGUGCCCACUGAGAAGGAGCCUGCAAGAUCCACUCCCAAAAUCCUGGCCCUUUGCUUCGCCGCGGCCGGCUUCUUGCUCAUGACCAUGAGUCUGAGCUUCAUCAUUAUGGACUGGGUCUCAGGGACGAGCCAUCACGGAGGAAACCACUAGAAUGAGCCCCCCACCCCCAUUCUGUUCUGUUCUGUUCAUCCUUGCACCCCUGCCCUGGCUCUCCAGCCCUUGUUCCCAUCCAGGGGCCCCAGUUGGGGUGGGGGUGUGUGGAGAAAGAUACCCGGUAAACACUAUGGCAUUUGGCUCCACCCAGAUCCUUUCCUUUGGAAGGUUUUUGUUAAAGAGCCAAGGCCCUUGGGCCACCACCACCUGCUGGGCUCCAGCGCUGCGGAGACUUCCUGAGCUGGGAACAGGGUGGGGCCCUUGCCUCAGAUCUCACCAUCCUCCUCACACAGCUGCACAUUCUGAAGCCAGGCAGUUUCCUCCUGAGGGUCACACAGCCUGUUGGGGCACUCAGAGCUGGAACCCAAGGGGACUCGUCUUCCCUCAACACACUUGAUCCGUGCCUCCCUCCCCGCCCCCGCCAGCCCCGGCCUUUUAAUCCCUUUCAGACACUUGGGUCCAAAUCCUUGAAUCCUCUCAUCUUCUUCCAUCUCUCCAUAAGAAGAGACCCUAGUCGACCCCAUAGCUGGGGCCAGCGGGUUCUGCUGAGGAUGGGGUUAGCGGACACCCCAAGGGACCCUUCGCCAUGGCCCUUUACCAGUCCUGGGGAGGCUGGGACUCCCCCACCCCAAGUCUGGGCCAUAGCUUACAUUCCACUACUGGAAGAAGAGAGACUGUGACCCAGAGUGCCCUACCCCUGGGAGCCAGAGACCCCAGGGGUCAUACUGGGACAGGGCUGGGAGCCUGGCAGCCCCCUUUUAUAAAUAAUAUACGCAA